AUGGAAAAGAAACAAAUUAAACAAAAGAGAGAUAGGGUGGAAAUUACUAAACUAACUCACCGAGCCGAUGAGGAGCAAAAAGAGAUAGAUGAUUUAAGAAAAGAAAUUCAAGAGUUAAAGAAAAAGUUAGAAAGUAGAAGUUAA